AUGUCUGAUCCUAUCCCUCCUGCUUUUGCAGACCCCGACACCGUGGACCAAUCCCUCCCUGCCAACGCAGAGGACCGCAAAGCUGCCGCCGCCCUUUCUUCGCUCAACACUACCGAGCUUGGAACCGAUGCUUCGGCCAAGCCACCGCCGAGUGCAGACCAGGAAGCACUCGGUAAGGCUAUGAGCAGACUUGAGAUUGCUACAGGGCAUGAUACUGGCAGAAAGCAGGCGGCUGAUGCGCAGAACAAGGAUGCGGAGGUCGUGAAGGAGAAGGCGGUUAAGGUCGCUGCGGCGGAUGUCACACUUCUGGUGGAUCAGUUGGAUAUGAAUAAGAACAAGGCCACAGAGUUGCUCAAGGCUCAUGAUGGCGAUGCUACGAAGGCUAUGAGAGCGUUCGUUACCCCGUCUGUUCAAGUGUAA